AUGAGACGAUUAAGACUACCUGCAGCUUCGGCCUUCCGUACUCGCCGCUAUGCACCAGCGCUGCGACCGGCCUGGGUCUGCCCCUCGUGCAGCUAUGGGCCGACAUUGCGACGGUUCGCGAGCUCCGACAGCAAGAGCGAAAAGCCGUAUUAUGUGACGACGCCCAUCUUCUACGUCAAUGCAUCCCCGCACGUCGGCCACAUGUACUCGAUGCUCCUCGCCGACGUCCUCAAGCGCUGGCAGGUCCUCAGGGGCAGGCCCGCGAUCCUGUGCACCGGCACCGACGAACACGGGUCCAAAGUCCAGCAGGCGGCCGCCAAACAGGGCGUCGCCCCCAAAGAGUUCUGCGACUCGACGGCCGAGAAGUUCCGCGACCUGGCGCAGGUGAUUGGCAUGGACAACGACUACUUCAUUCGCACCACCGACCCGGACCAUAUGGAGGCUGUGCAGCAUUUCUGGUUCCUGCUGAAGGAGAAGGGAUAUAUCUACGAGAGUAAGCAUGAGGGGUGGUACUGUGUGAGCGACGAGUGCUUCUACGCCGCGAAUGAGGUCGAGAGGACGUUGGUGCCGUCGACGGGACGGACGGUGAUGGCGUCGAUCGAGACGGGCAACGAGGUUGAGUGGGUCGAGGAGAAGAACUACCACUUCCGUAUGACGGCGCUCAAGGACCGCUUGCUGAAGUUCUACGAGGAGAACCCGGACUGGAUCGUACCAAGGGCGAGGCAGAAGGAAGUUAUCGCUUGGGUACAAAACAACCUCGAGGACCUGUCGAUAUCAAGACCCGUACAGAGGCUAGACUGGGGGGUCCGCGUACCGGACGAUCCCUCGCAGACGAUUUAUGUCUGGGUGGACGCGCUGAUUAACUACCUCACGAAAGCCGGGUUUCCGACAUGGCAGCCUGGGAAAGAGCACGAGGGAGGCUGGCCGGCGGACGUGCAUGUCAUCGGAAAGGAUAUCGUGCGGUUCCACGGAAUCUAUUGGCCCGCGCUGCUGAUGGCGCUGGAUCUUCCACUGCCGAAGCAGUUGCUAAGCCAUGCGCAUUGGACGUUGGGGAAGAAGAAGAUGUCCAAGUCUUUGGGAAACGUCGUCAACCCGUUCUUCGCCGUCGACCGAUGGGGGUUAGAUACGAUGCGGUAUUUCAUGAUGCGCGACGGCGGCAUUGAGCAGGAUGCUGACUACGAGAACUCGUUGGUCGUAGCACGAUAUCAAAAGGAUCUUCAGUCGACCGUGGGCAACUUGAUGAACAGGGUCGCCAAGAGCAAAACGUGGAAGCUCAGGGACUCUGUCGUGUGGGCGGAAGAGAACAGCGCCUCUCUGUUGAGCUCUGUCGCGUGGACGGAAGAGAAUAGCGCCACUCUGUCGAGCAGCGAGAAGCUGAAAACAGGUAUCAACGGCAUGGCGUCUGAUAUGUCAAAGAGCAUGGAUGAGUUGAAUCCCAAUGCUGCCAUCCGUGGUGUGCUAGAUGUUCUCGCCGACGCGAACAAGUACAUUUCCCACCUGGCACCGUGGAAGUUGGUCAAGUCGGAGGAUCCCAAAGACCAAGCCACGCUCCACGAGUGCAUCUUCUACACCGCGGAGGCUUCGCGUGUGGCGGGUAUUUUGCUCCAGCCUGUCAUGCCGACCAAGAUGGGGCUUCUGCUGGAUACCAUGGGUGUUGACGCCGGCAAGCGGCGCUUCCAGGAUGCGACGUUUGGCGCAGACUUGACGUAUGGUGUCCCGGUGGGCGAUCCAGGCAAGGAAGGGAAGUGGAACGCUUUAUUUCCUCCGCAGGCCGCUGAGGAUCUCCCCAUCACUGGUGGAAGUGACAUCCAAGAAGCGACGGCUUCUGAGCCAUUGUCGCUGGAGGAGGAGUACGAGAACCAGCAGUCGUGGCGGCCGUCCCAUGACAAGCUCACCUUCAUCAUCUGCCAACCCCUGGAUGCGGCCUCUGAUGCGGCCAGCGUAAAGGCUGGUGAGGUCGAUGCGGCGGCACGCAUGAUUGGCGACAUCAACUUUUUCGUUUAUCCCCACGACGAUGAGGAAGAGGGCGAGGGGGCCUAUGUCGGUGAAGUGGACGUUAUGGUGGCGGCGAAGGAGCACCGUGGCAAGGGUGUAGGAUACGCUGCUGUCACGACGUUGCUGGUGUUUGUUCACCGCAACCAAGAGCGCAUUCUGAAGGAGUAUGUUGAGGGCGAAGGCAAGGGUAGGAAGGCUGAGUUGAAGGGGUUGAUGGUUAAGAUCAAAGAGGGGAAUGCGGCGAGCAUAUCGCUAUUCAAGAGAGUUGGCUUCACGCAGAAAGGAGAAGUCAACUAUUUUGGGGAGGUCACGAUGGUGCUGAACGACCUGGGUCACUUUGUGUCAUCUCCUGCUGGGUUGAAGGCAGCAGAAGAAUCGCGAGAGGUGGCUUAUGCGAGAUAG